GAUGUGUGUGGAGGCGGGAGGGAAACCCAUGACUUCCGUGUUUUUCCUCUCUCUGUCUCUGACUGAAAGUGCUGAAGGCUAUAAAAUGCUUGAUAGGUCCAAGAGAACGCCACUCUCUGACUGCGCUCUGGUGCCGUGGACUAACUGUGUGGAGAUAACUGACCCAUCAGCUGGAAGUCUUUGGGUUUUGUUUUUAAACAACUUUUACAACUUACAUUGGUGACUUUAGGUGGUUUGUGUCACAAGUGAAGCUGAAAAACAGCCCAUCAAUGGAACAGCAGAGCAAUCAAGUGGACGUUGAAUCUCAGAAGAGCAGCGCGCGGCGGCGUGGGAGCUGCGUGACCGUUUUUCUUGGCAUCUCCGUCCUGAUGCUGUUCGUGGCCGUGGCAGCUCUGGCUGUCUGGGGGAUGCUGGUGGUAAAGGAGCUGCGCUCCGAGCUCCAUGACACCGCAUCUCAUGUGGCUUAUUCGAGAAACAGUGAUCCAUCCUCUUCAUCAUCUUAUAAGAUGCAGAACUUUGUUUAUGUGAAACUUAACCAGGCAUCACCAGACAACGUCACAACACCUUUGGAGUUGGUCAAAUCUGGGGAAGGGACAUCUGUCGGAAGCAACUUCCAGUAUGACCAGUUAAAGCAAUCCUUGAAGCCAGCAAAGGAGGGGGUGUACUUUAUGUACAUCCAGGUCACUGUCAGUUGCACCCACCACUGUAAGCCAGAUCUCCUCCAGCUGGAGGUGUCCAACACCAAACUAACCUGCGAUUUGGAGCUGACCCAAGAUAUACAUUUAACACCACUGAGCAGAAAGUGCUGGGCUGUGGAGCGGUUAGAUGGCAAGGAACUAAACGUACAAAUGACCAUUCAGAGCAAACAGAACAACUUGAGGCUGGACGUUAACAAGUCAGGUUUUGGAAUGUUUCUCGUAGAGUGAUGCUUUGCAGCAGCAGUUCUCCGGAAGAGGAAAGGACCCUGACCUGCGGGUUUGUUACCCACAAAUUGGAAAGCCAGUGAACUGUCCCAUUUAGCUCAGGAACGUGAAAAAGUGCUGGUGGUGGUACCUGUUAGGUGUUGUGGUAGGGUUUUUUUUUUUUUUUUUGCACUGAACAUACAAGACGAAGAGCAUUUGCAGGACGUUAAAGUGAAACCUUCAUGUCACCUCAAUCUGUUAAAAUCUCCAAGUCAACCCAGUACUCUGCAUCUUUUUUUUUUUUGCAGUUUGUGUAUUUAUUUUAUGCUUUAUUUAUGUACCUAUAUUUAUACUACUGUGGAAAUGUAUUUUGUUGUAGAUGCCACUACAUUUUUCUUGAUGUGCAAUACCUUUUGGGGUCAAUGUGACUUUAUACCACUGAUUUUGUUUAGUUUUGAACUUGGGGAGCUUAACAUUUCAGAAAAGGUGCAAGUCAGCACUAUGAGCAACGAGGAGUAAAAAACCUGCCAGCAAACAAAGUUCUUAAAUCCUGAUCACAGUGAUUGUGGAGGACACCCGUUCCAUUUGGAGACUUGUAAGCCAAGAAAAUGCUUUGCUUAUGAGAUAAAUGUAAGCCCUAUGGGCAAACUAUAUUCAAACUUGAAUGUAUUUCAUUGUAAUCCAUAUUAACCAUGGAUAUAUUUUUUUUAUGCGUUGUAAAAGAAUAAA